AUGACGUCUGCGCCGCAGCCCUCGGGCCUCUUCGACCCGGCGCCCCGGCCCACGGCGGCGGGGGACGGACGCCCGCCCGCGGCAGCCGCGCCCUCGUUCGUCCUCGCCGGCGACCCCGAGGGCCUCGCAGGCGCGUUCCUCCGCGUCGUCCACCAGGCGCUCGUCCUCGGGCGGCUCGAGGCCCUCCUCGACGGCCCCCCGCCCGCCGGAGACGCCCCGCAGCUCUGGGCCGGGCUCCUCCGCGCCGCGCUCGCCGGGGCGGGGACGCUCGACCUGGGGCCUCUUGCCGCGCAGCUCGGGCCGCUCCCAGACCCCGGGGCGCUCCCGGCGCUCGUCCGCUCCCUCCCGGCCCCCGUCUGCGCCGCGCUCUUCGGGCUCCCCGGGCCCUGCCCCGCGUGCGGCGCGCCCUCCCAGCCCGGGGCGAGCGCCGUCCUCGCGCCCGGAGAGGCCCUCGCCGCAGGGGCCCGGCGGGUCGGCCUCCGCUGCGAGAGCUGCACCCGCCCAGACGCCCUCCCGCUCGCCCGGCCGCCCCUCCUCCGCGCCGUCGCCGUCCCCCUGGGCUUCGCGGGCCCCGUCCCCCUCCGGCUCCCCGGCGACCUCUUCCUCGGGGCCGUCGUCACCCGCGCCCGCGCCGGCCACGCGCUCUCGGUCUUCGUCAACCCCGCCUUCGCCCAGGGCCGGAGCGACCUCGUCCGGGACCGCCGCUUCGUCCUCUACGCGCCCCCGGCCGCCGAGCUCCGCGCCCAGCCCGGGAGCCGCGCCGCCGAGCUCACGUACCUCCGCUACCGGAAGGUCCAGGCGUACCUCGAGCGCCCCGCCGCCGCCCGCGAGGCCGCCUCCUUCGGGGCGCCCCGCUUCGUCUUCUACUUCGACGGGGCUAUUUUGCAUCCAACUAUUAGGGAACAGUUUCAGAGGUUCUCUACUACAACUUUUCCAUUGCCUGUUGAGACGAUUAAUGCAAUCCCGCAAAACCAGGAGACAUAUCAACCGCCCUCGGAGAGCACAGGGCAGUCACAAGAACCGCUGCCAGCCAUCACAGUAGCUAAAGUAGUACCAGUAAGACGUACGGGCCCGCUUAUAGAGAUCUCGAGCGCAGAGUCUUCAGCUGUUUCCCAUAUUGAAUCAAUAGACGAUGCUGUCUACACCGCCGAGUCUCGCGUGCUGAUUAAUGAGGAGUCGACCCUUUAUGAAUCUAGAACCAUUAUGAAGGAGCAGAGACACGGCGGGUGCCUGAGCGUCAUGCGUGAACACCUCUUGAUUUACAUAAUCAUCAUUAUUCUUUUCCUAUUAACUAUAAUAUUGAUAAUAUUGAUUGUUGUCCUUUACAUCAAGCUAGUUGACCUAAAGGUUGCCAAUCUGACAGUGACAAAUAAAGCUCUGGUGGGGUACAGCAACUGGUCUGACCCUGCGAUUUUACAAGCACCACCUACAGGACAAGCAGGUGCACCAACAACGUAUUCGCUAAUCACGCCUAGCUUUUUAGAGCAGAGAAGUAGUUCUAUUAACGUGACGACCGUUGACACUCAAUUGGAGUCAUUGAACAGCGGCACAACUCUUUCUAAUUCUGCACUAACGGUCACUAGGGCAUUCUUUGACACAAUCAAGGCCGUGACCAUUGCAUUCAACGUCUCUCUUAUUAAGAAUAGUGCCAGCGCGAGAGCCACUCUCAACGCUACGACCCUAGAGAUUAGUUCACAGCUGAAUGCAACUACCCUCAAUGCAGAAAAACUAGACGUACCCGUUAUACAUGCUCAGACGAUGUCUCUUUCCAACUCUAAACUGACUGCAAACACACUCGUGUUUACAGAGUCCAUGACGGUCGAUACAAUUGCUCAUCGAACCUUGACGGUAGAAACCAUUACGACUUCCACUCUCAGCGUUGGAGGAGCUGGAAAUACAUUCUCUAUUACCGGCGGUCCAGUAACGGUUACACCUCUGGCUCCUGAGCGCGGCGUUAACAUCACGGCAGAGGCAGAUGCAUCUCCUAAUCACUUCGCUCAUAUUCAAUCGGAUUCAACAGAAGAUACGAACCUGACAAUCUCUGCCUUAACCGGUACCUCGGAGAUUACUGUCUCCUUCGUUGUUAUAAAGGAUUCCCCUGCAGGUGCAAAUAGUGUGUCUUUGAACGGUGCUGGAAGCACAUCAACAUUAACGGUCUCUGGGGCUAAUAAGCCAGAUACAGUUCUUACGGUACAAGUUGAUGCGGCUUCGGGUUCUGUAAGCUCUGCCUUAAAUACUCCCAGCAUUAGCUGCGGAAGCAUAACAACAACACGCCUAGAGUCUGCUAAGUGCAUCUGCGACAAGAACCCAUAG